UGUGCAUGAGUAACUAACAUCUUGUUUUUGAUCAGAAGCCGGACAGGGGUACAUGUACCGGGUACGUGGCUUGCAUGAUUGUACCGAGGGUGAGAGGAAAGCGGCCAGAGGAAAGCUGUGGAUCGAGCCACUGUCCAGGAGCACCUUUCUCAUACAAAAAAUUGUGCCUGUUUCAGAAAGUUUCACGACAGCUCAAGUUUAUAACAGAUACAGGCAGUGAGCAAAAUGCUGAACAUGGCUGUCCCAAGAAAAUCAUUGUUCCUGGUUUGCUCCAUACCAAGAGCAGCAUUCAGUACAUCAUCCAGGAUACAGUACAGGUAUACCCCAGUGGAGAAAGAGAAAACGGAGAUAGAUGUAGUAGACCUGCGUAGUGACACUCUCACUCUCCCUAGUGACCAGAUGAGAAAAGCCAUGGCAGAAGCACAUGUGGGAGAUGAUGUGUUUGGUGAAGAUCCAACAAUAAACGCAUUACAGAAGAGAAUGGCAGAUAUCUUUGGAAUGGAAGCAUCUAUAUUUGUGCCAUCAGGAACUAUGGGAAAUUUAUGUUCUAUUCUUUCCCACUGCCAGAGACGAGGCACUGAGGUGCUGAUGGGGGACCAGUGUCAUGUUUUCUAUUAUGAACAAGGGGGUAUAGCACAGUUUGGAGGACUUACUCCAAGAACACUCACCAAUCUGCCUGAUGGAACCUUUGACUUAGAUGAAGUAAUUCAUAAAAUCAGGGAUGCAGAUGACGCCCACCAGCCAAGGACAGGAGUCAUUUGUCUUGAAACCACACACAACAGGUGUGGAGGAAAAGCCAUUCCAUUAGAAUUCAUGCAACAGAUCAAGGAAAUAGCAACUGCCAAUGAGCUUAAAGUCCACUUAGAUGGAGCAAGACUUUUUAAUGCAGCAUUGGCACUGAAUGUACAGCCAUCAGAUAUUCUGAAACAUGUUGACUCUGUUUCUAUGUGUUUUUCAAAGGGUCUUGGUGCACCAGCUGGCUCAAUUGUAGCAGGAAGUGCAGAAUUUAUUUAUAAUGUCCACAGGUUGAGGAAGGCUGUUGGGGGAGCUAUGAGGCAAGCUGGAGUUCUGGCAGCGGCUGCAUUUGUUGGCCUGGAAGAAACAGUACCAUUGCUGCACAAAGACCACCAGCAUGCAAAGAAAACAGCUAGAGCAAUUGCAGGUGCAAACAGUUCAUCAGUUCAAGUUGAUGCAGAGGGAAUACACAGCAACUUGCUCUAUGUUGACCUGUUCAAUGGUGUAACAGCCUCCAGAUUUAUUGAUAGACUGGCUAAGGUGACGGAGCAAGAGAAGGCUGACCUGAAGGAGAGCAUAGUGGUCCAAGGAGGGGCUUAUGGCACCCACCGAGUCAGAUUUGUCUUCUACAGAGAUAUAAGUUCAGAACAGACUGACCUGGCUAUAAAGAAGAUCCUUUAUGUAAUACAGGAAAUGUCUGGCUAACCAAACUAAUUAAGAAAUUCAAAUACUAUAUCCAGUAUUAUAAAUAGGGAUCAAUCACACUGACGAGUACAAGUACUGUAUUACAUUUGUAUCGAUUAUUCACUAAACAGUACAGCACAAAGGAGUAUAGUAUCAGAAAAAAAACUGAUACAUAUUAGGAUAAGAGGUCUGUUUAAGAAUAUAAUUCUCUCAGUUGCCAGUAGGGUUAAUAAGCAGAAACCUGUUACUUAUCUGACAGAAAUAUCUUGCUAAUGAUGAUCUUAUAAGUUUGAGAAUAGAGGCCAGUUAAUUGUCAGUGAAAGGUGUGCAAGUUCCCAUAAUUACCUCUAUAUUUAUUUUGCUAGGUGCAAAAGGGAUGAAGCAUGAAAGAAGAAAUUAUUUUAGGGACAGUUUCAAGUUCACAAAAUGAACACACUAAAAGGAUUUUUUUUUCUUGUAAGAGUGAAAAGCUGAAAG